AUGUGGGGGGUGGUCACUGGGACACAGGUGAGGAUGUGGGGGGUGGUCACUGGGACACAGAUCUGUCUUGGUAAGACUCAGUGCUUCGCCAGGCCCAACACACCUCCUCUAAGGAGCACCUCCUCCAAGGAGCACCUCCUCCAAGGAGCACCUCCUCUAAGGAGCACCUCCUCCAAGGAGCACCUCCUCCAAGGAGCACCUCCUCUAAGGAGCACAUCCUCCAAGGAGCACCUCCUCCAAGGAGCAUUUCCUUCAAGGAGCAUUUCCUUCAAAGACCCCAUAUCGAGUUAA